GUUAUUUUUAUGACCAACGUUGUUAAUAACAUGAUCAUGUUUUAUUUAAAGGUGCAUUUAUUUCUAAUUUUUGCCCAACGGUAAUAUAGAUUUAAUUGCAUAGACAGUUAUAUGUUUAAUUUGACCAACGUUAGAUUAAUACAUAUGAUUGUUAUAUUGAUGUCACUUAAAUUGUAAUUUCAGGAGGCUUUCAUUUGAUGAGUUGCCUAAAAGAAGUUCCGACACUCAGAGGUGACAACCACACUGAGUGGAGGAAGAAAGUUGAACUGGCGUUUGUUUGUGCUGAUCUUGACUGGGUUGUGGAGAAACCACAGCCGGUCAGACCCACAGAGCCAGUAAGAGAGGCUACUGACGAUGAUGCUGCAUGGGCUAAAAAGAAAGGGGACUAUGCUCCUUUGGAGCAGUCCUACCUUAUAGAUAAUCAAAAGUGGGUCAAUGCAAAUAAAAAAUGCAUGGCCUUUAUAAAGAACACCAUUGAGAGCGCCAUUGUGGGCUCCAUUGCAGAGUGCACUUCCGCAGGGGAGUUGCUCUCAAAGAUAAAGAGCCAGUUCACUGGCUCUUCAAAGAUAUAUGCCACCCAGGUGUUAGAGCAACUGGUGACAGAAAAAUACACAGGUGGUAGUCAUGGCAUAAGAGAGCACAUCCUCAGGAUGAGCAAUAUGGCUGCAAAGCUCAAACCCAUGGAUGCGGAUCUGGAGAUCAAACCAGCGCUCCUGGUCCACCUUGUCAUGGCUUCAUUGCCGAAGGAGUUUGAAGCUUUUGUUGUGAACUAUAAUAUGUCACCUGGAACAUGGGACGUAGAAAAGACAAUAGCAAUGUGUGUUCAAGAAGAGGAGAGACUAAAAGCCUCACAUGGUGGUACACUCAACUAUGUGCAUGGUCACAAAAGAAAGAAUUACAAUCUAAACAACAAAAGUUCUCCUUCAAAGCCACAAGGAAAAGUUUCCUAUCAGCAUCAGCGUCAGCAACAGCCUUUCUCAGUGGACAAAGACACUUGUCUCCACUGUAAGAAGACCGGGCAUUACAAGAAAGACUGUCCCGUUUGGCUAAAGUCGAUCAUGGCAAAAAGAGGGAUUCCAUUCGACACGGACUACGCUAAGAAGCAAAAGACGCAUUGA